UAUUCAUGGUGCAACAAAUAUAUAUAUAUGCACUAACAGAUACACAUACAAAUCUAUAUAGAAAACUGUUAACGUCUAUUCAUGUGUAUAAUGUUACAGACGGCUUAGAGUGGAUACCGCCAACAUCACGGAUCCGUACUGUCGGCCUAAAACGAGGUGCAGCUUUGCUUGAGCCGCACCUAAACCACCUUAGGUGGAGCCAAACCAAACGCAAAGGUUGAAUGGAAGUCGAUACCCGCGUUGUAAACCAGGUGGUCCUCGACCACGAAUACCCUAUGAAAUCCUAAGAGUCUAUGUUAGUGAAGUGCUAAGGAAAACCCUACUCUACAGACCUUGACGCCCUCUCAUUCUACUACCAAUGGCGAAUACAAGCCCAAUAUUUUGUCGUCUAAGACAAGCUCGAUUAACCCAUCUUCCGUAUGAACCUGGGAUCCCUAAAGCUACUCCUGACGCCUUCUGGGCUCGCGUGAUGGGAAAUUCGAGCGGAGACGGCGGCAACCCCGAAGAAGAGAGCAUUGUCAAUCUACUGCUCACCAAGGACACUGCCACACGAUGGAUAUUGACAAUAACUACUGUAAAAAGUCAAUACACUUUCAAAACGCUUGUAAUGGACUACAAGAAUAGCAGCGCUUACGUCCAAAGGCAAAUGGACAUAAUAUUGGAACCAGUCGACAAUGCUGAUGCUUACUACAACGACAUCUGCAUCACAUCCCUAACAUCCGAAGAACGUGUUCACGACCUCAUACAUGUUUUGAUGCUUAUACGAUCAAAAAACAUGUCCAUAAGCCCCAGACCGGGUUAUUAAGACGGAAACCGGAAGAUACAAACGUGUGGACAGCAGGUGUUACAAAUUAUAAGAGGAAAUAGGAUGUGAA